UGCUGCAGAUAUUAUGUUGAGCUUGACAGCAGCGACAGAAAGCUACUUGCCAGCAGAUACACAAAGGGAGAGAGAAGAGCUGCAGCGAUGGGAGUCAAACUGUACUACACAACUGUUACCGCCUCCAGGACGGUGAAGUCUCAACAGGCACAAGUGAUUCGAAUCCUCGACAGUAAAAGCAUCCAGUACGAGCUCAUCGACAUCUCCGUGGGUGGGGAGCUUCGUGAUGAAAUGAGAAACAAAGCAGGGGACCCCACGGCAGUCCCUCCCCAGCUUUUCAAUGAAGACCAGUACUGUGGGAACUAUGAAAUGUUUUCGGACGCGGUGGAAGCAGAUACAGUGGAACAGUUUCUGAAGCUGGCGUGAGGAGGGCGGAGUGUGAUUCUUCCCCCGACCACUUCCCCACCCACCCUGUGCCCUAUUGAAGGCCCUUUAUCCAGUCUCUCUCUAUCUCUGCACCACCGGCAGCGUCCACCCACUUUCAAUGCCAUAAUGAAGAAUGCCAAAUAUCUUGAAUCCAACUAAUCAGAAGACACACAUUACCCCUACUGCACCAUUAGACUCUAAGUCAGUCUUAAUCUUUUUUUAUUUUUAUGUGUCUUUUUCAGUUCGUUCCUUUGAUUCCUUUCAGACUUUCUCCUCGUCUGGCAGACCGGAGUUACAAAGUGCUCCUGGUCCACUAGGAAUCAAUGGUGUGUCUAAAUGUGCGGUAAUUAGGUCGACUAAUCUCGGCCGAGGCCACAUGAUCGCUGGAGAUUAGACUAAUCCACUGGAUGACAACAUUCAACCCAGAAUCUUCCUGAUCCUCUGCAGACCAAACACACCAUCAUCAGUCAGUCUUAACUACUGUGUCGUCUUUUUCUGUAGCCUUCAAGUUCCCAUGUUGUACAUGACAGCGCACUAUUUGUACUUGGAUGCAAAUGCACACUGAAGUAGCAAGGAUGCAAAAUCCUUAAACCCAAUUAAUUAAGAUGUAUAGCAGCUAGAAGACAGCUUUUAGGUGCAGAUAACUUUUAGUAAGUUUGGUCCAUUGGUCUCCUUUUGCAGUAUGUAAAGAGGUUUGGUUCUGAAAUGGGAGCUCAGAGACAAUCUAACCCAACUUAAGGGGUAGUAAUGCUAUGAGGAUUCAAAAAGUGCAUCAUUAAAACAGAAGUAACUUCCAUCAAUCUACAUGUAGAAACAAUCAAUGACACAUUAAAUGUACCGUCAAGUUUUCUAUGAGCAAACUAAACCCUUUAACGUUCAGUGUUGAUCACCAAAAUACACUGUCCAGGAAUUCUAACACAUGUUAAGUUCAUUUCCAUCCUAAUGAAACAUUUCCAAAGUGUUUACAUUUAUGUGUGUUAGCAUGCAGCCUUCUUCACACAAUGCAGACUCCUGCCACCAACUGAUGAUGAAAAUAGCAUGAGAUCAGUGGCAUGAGCGUGAUAAAACAGGGACUUGCUUGCUUAAACAUUGCUCCAUAGACGAGUGGUCAUAAACUCCACAGGGUACCUUUAAAUUAUGUUUUACUUUCUUUAAUGUUAAAAUGUGCAUUUUUGUAAUCUUACUAUAAGGGCCUAAAUUGACCUCAUAAGAUGUCAGUCUACAUUGGAAAUAAUUUCAUUAUGCAACCAAUUAUUUUUGGUUUUUAGAUCAUAAGAUACCAGAUUUCUAAACCAAAUCAUUAGAUAUUGGUUGUGAGUCUAAUGGGCCAAACUUAGUAAAAAGUUGAUGUAUGUAUUUAACAAAAUCAGUGGUUCAACAUUUCAGUAUAUGGCUGCUUUAUUUCCAGUCGAGCUGGAUGAACACAUUUCUUAAUGUCACAUUUAUUUGGUGCCAAGCUGUAAUGCGCUGGUGGUUUUUUUCACUGUAGUGUUAGCUGUAGUGUAAAAUUAUGGAGAAUGUGGAAGAUGGCAGGUGAGUACCUGCCAUCUUCCACAUUCUCCAUAAUUUUACUGUAUAACUUGAAAGCUUUUCUCCUGGCACCUAUGGGUGCUCUGCAUUGAUGACUGACAGGACAAAGAGAUGCCAAACAUUGAGCAUUUCAUAGUGUCCAGUAUUUGAUGACAAGAUGUGAACUUUCUAGCUUUCAAAUGCGUAGCUUUUACUCUCCACUAUUUUCUGUUACAGCUUCACUGAUUGUACGGGGCAUGAAGAUGCGGUAAUGUGACUAUGCACUGAAAACAUGCCUCAUUCUGAACACAGAAAGGAAGAAGCUGGUGUGUUUAGAUGGACCUCACUCAGUCUUACCAGCCUUAGGGAACACUCACCACAUGGGAAAAAUGAAGGCUUCACUUAUUUUGUGCUUUUUAUGUAUUUGCAUUCAUUCCAUUAAGUGAUCUCAGUUGAAAUAUAACUUUCAUGUAUAAGGUAAUUUUUUUUGUUUAAAUUUGAGAACAGCACGAUUUCCCUCUCACUAGUAACAUCUUUGCCCCCCACCCUCCUCUGCUUUCAUCCAUUGUAUUGUUCCGGUUUGAGAUCCACAGUAAUGACAGCUUUCACACACUGUGUCUGUGCACUGUUUUGAAGUCAAUGGUUGUAGAUGUUUGCCUGAUAUUGAUGUGUAUUCACUAUGAACCAUGGUUUAGACAUUCCAUGUCUCUCUCUGAGCUCCUGCUUUGCUUUUGGACCAAUUCCCCUUGGCCAAAAAAAAGAGAAGAAAAUAGGGAAUAAAAUGCUGUUGUCUUCCAAGAAGAUUGUGAAAAGUGAUUUAUGGGUUAAAAAAAUAAAAUGGAAUUGAAUCUAA